CAUGUUAGCUCCCCACUACCUGCACUGAGAGUCUGGGCUGCAUCAUGUUAGCUCCCCACUCAUGCUGCACAGAAGUCAACACACUUGAAUAAUGCGACAUGGUAUGUAGAAAUGUUAAUUACUGUUAGCAAAACAAUGUCCAUGCGGGUUAGCCUAGAACACUUUAUAGUGCAUGAAGAUACUGGUAGCUUCCAGCUUUGUUGGCUAACUUUCAUGGCUAGUUGACCGCUAAAGCUAACAUCAAUUUUCUACCCUUGUACUUUGUGAUGAUAGUUUGCAUUAUGGUUUGCAUAUUAUGCUGAUUUCGAAGCUGAUUGCCAUCAAAAACCUCAUUCAUUCACAUUCUUUCUCUCAUCUCUCUGACCUACAACCGUUCUGAUAAAAACCUUAGGGUAUUCAGCCUCGGGGAUGCCCUGCUGACCACACCCUUCUUCCUUGUUCCUGGCCUGCCCUGCCUCUUCCACUAAUCCAAUUGUUUCUUAUGGACAGAAAAGAGCAGAGGCUCUGAGCUGUCCGAUCCGGUCCAUUGUCUACUUGUCUCAAAGAAGGUCUAUUACCUCAGCAAACUGACUGUGCUCUGACAGCUGCCCCCCUAUUGCCUGGUGAAUAACGCCAUUACUGGUUAAAGAGCGACUUUCCCUAAAAAAAAAACUCAUCCCUUAAACGGCCUAUGUGACAUCAAUAUGAGUCAUAAACAUUUUAUUCUAGUAUCAAAAUUUUACAAAGUGUAAAAGGGAUCAUUUUGGUCAUGAAGUCAGUCUCGUCUAAAAAGGAGUUUGGAACCUCAGUGGGUAAAUGAAGGUUGGGUUAGGAUUGCAAUCAUGUCAAUAAGUCAUGUCCCCGUUUGCCAUGCUCCACGUGCAAAUCGCCCCCAUCACCCACUUCGCUUCAUUGAAUGGGGCUCUUUCAUCGCCCCCAACCAACACGUUCAAAAGAUCGUGACUGUUUUUAAGACUGAAAAGCCCAUGCAAUGCAUGCUUCCAGCAGGAUGCACAACCAACAACUAUGGUUCGGAUGCCCUGCCAAAAGACCCCAUCAUGCGGAAUAGGAGGUUGGAGUACGUUGGUCCCCAACAAAUUUCACAGUUGGGUGCAAGACUGAACCCCUAGUCAUGAAUGGAUGCCGGUGACCUACCAGAAGGCGCAAAGUGGUGCAGCAUGUGAUGAUCCACGCCCGGAACGAAGGUUCCCUCAGCCAGAGCCGCAGCACAGGGAGGCGGGAACACUGCCCCCAUAGGCCACAUGGUGAGACCAUGGGUGGGGCCUGGCUUGAGCGCACGCUGCGAUUCGGCAGGACCUUGAAAAAGUGUAAGACCAAGCGAGGAAGGGGAGGGGUUAAAGAGAUACGGGAGAAGGCGCCGGAACGGAAUAGGAGGCGGGGCAGGAAAUCAUAUCCCUUAAGAGGAAGGGGAGGGUUUUCAGAGGAAGAGGGACUUAGCUGUCACGUUUUACUCACGCGGUUGGAGGAGGACAUCCAGGAGCAGGAGGACACCAAUGAGAGGGGGAAUGAUUUGCCUACCCAACCGCCCGUCAAACCUGAAUCCCGGAUCAAGAAACUGGGCAAAGAAAAAGGCGAAGCCAAGGGGAAACUGGCGAAGAAGAUGAUUCCCAAAAGCACCAGUGAUGUGCAGGAGUCUCCGUUUCCAGAGCCGCGUAAGCGACGGCUAGCUUCUCUCAACGCUGAGGCGGUGAACAGUCUGCUGUUGGAGAGACCCAACGAGACCCAGCCGUCUGGAAAACAGGCCAGGAGACAGCAGGAGGAGCCCUCCAGCGGUGAGUCAACCCUGGGGACAGAUCCAGCUAGUGGCGGGGUGGCCGGAGGUCCUAAAGCUCAAAGGGCCAGCAGCAGCAAGGCCUCCGUAUUGCACAAGCAUGAACUGUGCCAACGCUCCAAAAAGGCCAAGAAAGUCUCCAAGAAACGGACCAAACCAGAUAAAGGAGAGAAGAAAGAGACUGCGAUGAUGACUCUACAGAUGUUACACACCCCUGCUCCUCGACGGCUAGCCGGACUCAACGCUGCCGCGCUGCUAAAGUUAACGAGCACCUCCGCAACUAGCAAACAGCGAGUGAAACCAACAUCGACUACGACGACAGACUGCAAGACCACGAGCGCCGCAUCAUGUGAUGUGAAGCAGAAGCAACCGCGACUGAAUCUUAAACAGUGUGGCCGCCAGCCUAAGCAGAAGGGAAGGAAGUUGAUUCCAGAACAGGGAGGCUGCAAGAAGUCCAACUUUGAGCCCAAAGUGGAGUGGGAGUCUGGAGGUUGCACCCACCGGCUAACCAAACCAGGCUACCAGUCACGCAGCAUGCUAGCCUACCCGCUGAAGCCUGUCGUCAAAGAGGAGCAGGUUGAGGCAGAGCUGAGACCGUACUACUGCUGCCCCCCAGAGGGUUCUAUGGAGUACUGCCACCGCCUAGCAUUGUUCCUGGGUCAGAAGGCCUAUGCUGACUCAGAAGAACAACCUUUAAACACUGCAAUGACACCUAUGAAGCAGGAGUGCCUGGUGACAUCGCCCUCCGUGGCCCACCCCCAUUCCCAUGCAGCCCUGACCCUCAGCCCCCACCCUUGCCUCUGCACCGCCGACCCCGCCUGCUUCUCCAGCUACUACGUCCACAUCGCACACCCCGGAGCUCCUUCGACCACCCUCAGCUCGAGACCUCUGAACUUUGGCACCUCGACAAUGUGUCCCGGCAUGGUGUCUGGGUCCAAGCUGCUGGGUCCUCCGGUGUCCCAUGCCUCGACACUGGCCCACCCUGCUUUCUGUGGCUCAGUGGGCUCGCCCUACUACAGCAAGGCCUGCCGUGUCAGCGGCUACACCUACAGAGCCAUGCAGCCGGUCAACAGCAGGGGGUGCUCUUUCUCCACAGGCUGUUCCGGGUUUACACACGGCAUCAAGACAGAUGACCGUAGCUCUGCUGCGAGUGGCGUGGACGUGGCGGACCGCCUGACGUACCUGGAGCAGCGGAUGCAGAUGCAGGAGGAUGAGAUCCAGCUGCUGAAGAUGGCCCUGGCCGACGUCCUCAAGAGACUCAACAUCUCAGAGGAACACCAGGCCGCCAACACCAAGAAAGGGCCUGCUGGGAAAGCAGCUAGGCCUGUGUCUCUGGCCCUGCCGUCCAGACCAUCAAUGAACAGCCCUGCCUCUUUGAAGAAGAGUUACACAACCUCCACACUGCCCUCUACAUCCACCGCACGGAACUACAGCCCCUUACCACCAGCAUCAGCCAAGAGUGGUGUGAAGAGUCCGGUAGGCAGUGUGAAGGAGAGUCCAUGUAUCUCUAAAACGGCUCGGCCUGGCCCCCGACUUGGCCCCCCAGGGUCCACAGCCCCCUGCAGUAAGAAAGCUGAAAGCAAAACCAAGGAGCCUGCAGCCAGUGUCGGGUCGAGGCAGGUGACGCACUGUAAAGUGACUAUGCAGAUCUAUCUGAACCCCCUAACAAGAAGGACUGGGUCUUCUGAAGCGGCCAAAUCAGCCCCUAUGGUCCCCAACUCUAGACCCACCAGAACCCCCGCCCCUCCUCAGACCAAAGGAGGCCGCCCCACCUCAGACCGAACUAAGCUCGAGACAUGCAAAACACCCCCCGCCUUCACCCUCCCCCUGCAGAAAAGCACCAAUCAGAAUACGUAUUCUUCUAUGGAAAUGUCCAAUUACAAAAGCCCCCUCAAAUCACCAAGCCAGUACUUCCAAAUCUGUUACUAAAGGCAAUAGGGUAGGCUAGGAGGAGGUACAGGUUGCUCCUAACCAUUGGUCUAGGUUCAGAUAAAAGGUUAAGGUUAGGAUUGGGGGAGGGUAAUCUGAUUCUAGAUCUGUGGUUCGGGGCAGCUUCUACGUCAAGCUCUUACAAGUGUAGUGGGUCUGUAAGCGGACUCAGUUUUCACGAUGUUUGAAACAAAUGUUUGCGUUUCUAGCAAUGUGAGUGAAUGUAGAAGUAGAGGUUGUCUUCGGUAAUGUUUGCGUUUCUAGCAAUGUGAGUGAAUGUAGAAGUAGAGGUUGUCUUCGGUAAUGUUUGAGAUGGACUGAUAGUUCCACCGCUUUGGUUUUGAGGUGUUUCGUUUCACCAGCAGUAAAGGGAAUAGUGAGUUUGUUUGUUGUGUUGCUUUUUCCGAGCACCAUCUCUUACAUGUUUCUGUCUGUCAACUGAAAGCCUGUGGGGUUUUUUCUCCUGAUCCGUUCUGUUUUAAUGUCUCCAUUUUGUGUGUGUGCUUAGUAGUUUUACUUCAGUAAAAUAUGAAUCAUCUCCCUGACUUUGGGGAUGUAUGUGGGAAUUCUCUUAUUUGGUUUAUGGGUGUAUUUGUCUUGUCUCUGUUGACAGCCAUUAAACAUUUCAGUCAUCACCUA